GUUUUGAAUUGCUUUGUGUUGUUGCGUGAUAGAAAACUAUGAUGGAUUUUGUUUUGUCAAGUCUCUAUGUGAUGACUGCGUUUGGUUACAUCAUGGCAUAUGCAGUUGAUGUACAAAAGUGCCCUUUCCCGCCGCAAUGCGAUUGUCAUACCAUCGGAGUACUUCAAGAAUAUUGCCAGGACAAGGGAUUUACAGAAGUUCCUACUUUAACGGCGUCAUCCUAUAAUGGAACAUGGUUUGUAGACCUUUCAGAUAAUAACAUAACAUCACUGACAGCAAAUGCGUUCACUAAUAUAAAGUUAAGCACGUUAUGGAUAUCGAACAACAACAUUAUUUACAUUGACAUUGAAGCAUUUUCAGGAUCCGACGAUACGUUGCAGUCAUUACAUUUAGGUGGAAAUCAACUAAUUUCAUUGCCGAUAACACUUACUCGUCUGUCUAAACUCUCCGAUCUACAUGUCCAAUAUAAUCCUAUGAAAGAUUUAGAUACGAACAUCCUUGUGAAUGUUUCAACAAAUCUUGAGAAACUAUCGUUUGGUUCAAUCAAUAUGACGAAAUGGCCAACAUCUAUUAUGGGUUUAAACAAACUUGUGGAAUUGAGUGUAUACAAUGUUUCUAUGGAUUCAUUCCCUAUCAACGCAUUUGAAGGAUUAGAAUAUUCACUACAGUUUUUACAGAUCCAAUCUACAAUAAUCAGUAGGCUUCCAUUGUCAAUAAACAAACUAUCAAAGUUAUUUACCGUAUUAAUCAACUACAAUGUGAACUUGAAGGUUCUUCCAGAGGAGAUCUUUGAAGGACUUAAUAACAUUCAUUAUAUUGUUAUUCAGGGCAACGCGUUUUCAAACAUCUCAGCUAUUUAUAAAGAUUCUUCUAACAUAAAAUCAUUUGCUCUUCAGUCUGAUUAUAUAUCAAAUAUAACAGAUGCAGUAUAUCCAGCUAAAAUACAACCUAACUUAUACGAAAUAAGCCUUGUUCUUCCAAAACUACAUGACGUGCCUAAAGCUCUUAGUAAUAUGCCGUCCUUAAAACAGAUUGAAAUGUUUCAAGCAAAUAUAUCAAUUAUCAGGGCAGGUGAUUUUUCAAACUUGCCAUCAUUGAUUACGUUAGAAUUGUCAUCUAACCCGAUAUCCGUGGUGGAAAUAGGAGCAUUUGCAACAACGCGGUCAUUACAAGUGCUAAAUCUAAGGUACACAAAAUUGAAAACAGUUCCUGAAGCAAUUAAGAAAACAAAACUGUAUUCGAUGGACUUGACAGGAUGCAAUGUUAUAUGUACAUGUGAGGGUCUUCAGUGGAUGAAACAGUGGCCAACUAGAAAUAGUACGUUUAUCAGUGGUGAAUGCACUAAUCUAAAUAUACCGAUUUAUGAAUUCCAACUCAAAUAUAUACCUAAAUGUUAA